AAGGAUUUCUGUCUUCUCUACUCUUGCCUGCAGAAUCCCGAACUUCUGCUUUUGCCUUGAGAGCUUUCAACGUGGAACUGGCUCAGGCAGAUUAAAGAUUCCAUAACUCAGAAGGGCACAGGUUUGAUGCGAAUGCAGUUCUGGAGGGAUGCUGUGGAAGAUAUAUACUGUGAUAAGCCACCACAUCAACCGGUUGCUAUAGAGCUGUGGAAGGCUGUCAAGAGACAUAAUCUGACUAAAAUGUGGAUCAUGAAGAUUAUUGAUGAAAGAGAGAAAAAUUUGGAUGAGAGAGCAUACAGUAACAUCCAGGAACUUGAAGCAUAUGCUGAGAACACUCAGAGUGCUCUCUUGUACCUUACCUUGGAAAUGCUUGGUGUGAGGGACAUCCAUGCAGACCAUGCAGCCAGUCACAUUGGGAAAGCGCAAGGCAUAGUUACCUGUUUAAGAGCAACUCCAUAUCAUAGCACAAGACGAAAGGUCCUUCUUCCCAUCGAUAUUUGUAUGUUGCAUGGAGCUUCACAGGAGGAUUUCAUAAGAUGCAAGCAAGAGAAAAAUGUGAGAGAUGUAAUUUACGAUAUUGCCAGCCAGGCACAUAUUCAUCUAGAACAUGCUAGAUCUUUCAGUAAGAAAGUUCCCGUGAAGGCAUAUCCUGCUUUUUUCUGUACGGUUGCUUUAGAGGAUUAUUUAUGUAAUAUACGAAAAGUGGACUUUAAUAUAUUUCAUCCAAGCUUACAGAAGAAAAGUACAUUAUUACCAUUGUAUUUGUAUAUUAGAUCUUGGAAAAAAACAUAUUAAAAUAUUCUUAAUAUGAGGUUCAAA